AUGGGUCGAAGUCACCAUCAAACUCGAAUAUGCAUCUCGUGGCGAGGCUUGCUGGCCGUGAGUGCACUGUGUCUAAUUUGCAGUUUAUACUUUCUCUGGAGUUGCCAUGCCGACCGAUCGCUUUUCGCGGCUCCCGGAAGCUACGACUAUCAGCAGCGCGCCGGCACCAAUAAGGCUAGCUGGCUAGGAGCACUCAAAAGACGCUGGUCCUACGAGUACACCGCUGCAACGCUCGACCCGCGGCUACCGACGCCACCCGGUGAUCUGGGAGUGCCCUUGCCAGCCAGUUACGACGAUAAACACAUCAGCAAACUUGUCGAGCAGGGCUUCAGGGAUCAGGGAUUCAAUCAAUACAACUCGGAUAUGAUUUCCGUUCACCGUCGGUUGCCCGACCUGCGCCAUCGGUGGUGUGAAACGCAGCAGGAGUUGCUUGCAGAUUUACCAUCCACCUCGGUCGUGAUUGUGUUCUACAACGAAGCCUGGUCGGUACUGAUUCGUACCAUCCAUUCGGUUUUGGAUCGUUCUCCACCUCAACUACUUAAGGAGAUUAUACUAGUAGAUGAUAAUUCGUAUCUAGCUCACACCAAAACUCAACUGGACGAUUACCUUCGACCCUAUUCGAAGAUCCGCAUUCUGCGAUCCCCCGAACGGAUCGGACUGAUGCGAGCUCGGCUGCUGGGAGCACGGAAUGCUACGGCUGAAACCGUAACGCAUCUCGAUGCGCACGUUGAGGUGAACAUCGGCUGGUUGGAGGCGCUGCUGGAUCGAAUCGCCCGAGAUCCGAUGACGAUCGCCAUUCCAAUGAUGGACUGGAUCGAGCUGACCAUUUUCAGCGUCACGUCCGAUCGCAGUCUGCAGCUUUACGGAGGCUACGAUUGGGAUCUGGAUUUCGCCUGGAAGGGGCGAGCCGGACGACUGGUUCAACCGGAGAAUCCAUACAAACCGUUCGAUACGCCGGCCAUGGUGGGCGGCCUGUUUUCGAUCCGGAAGGAUCUCUUUGCUCUCCUCGGCUGGUAUGACGAGGGUUUCCGGGUGUACGGCAUCGAAAACAUUGAACUGUCGAUGAAGAGUUGGAUGUGCGGCGCUCGAAUGGAGAUUGUUCCUUGCUCGCGGGUGGGACACGUCGCCAAGGCAGGCCACCCCUAUCUACGCCAGGAGAAGAGGAAUACCGUGCGAGAUAAUUCUCUGCGCUUGGCAGAAGUUUGGAUGGAUGAGUACAAGCAGAUUGUAUUCGAUAAUUACGGUGUAUCGGGUUACAAUGCAACGGAACUGGGAGACGUUUCUGACAGGAAGAAGUUACGCAAGGAUUUGAAGUGUUCCUCCUUCAAGCAGUACAUUCGGGACGUUUAUCCUGAGAUUAGACUACCGGUUGGACCAUGCUUUCAUGGGGAACUUAAAAACAAAGCUUUAGGAAACAGUACCUGUAUGGAGUAUGACAAAACCCACGGAACCUUAAUGAUGGCUCAGUGUGAUAAUCAAAAACAGGGUCAGUAUUGGGCACACAACCAAUACUUCGAGGUGAACAGCUACGGUUCCUGUUUGGAUUAUACCGGCUUUAAGCUGGGUAUCUACAACUGUCACAAAAGUUAUGGUAAUCAAAAGUUUGACUAUUUGGCUGGUACAACCAAGCAAAUCACAAGUUCUACUCACGGCAAUUGUCUGGCGGUUGAUCGAAACAGUACCAGUAAGCUGAUUAUGGAACCAUGCGAUUCGAGUUUGGAUUUUCAGCAAAUGGCUAGAAUAUUCGAAUCCGACGAACAGGCAUCGAAAAACUUUGCUUUCAAGAGGCAUGCGCCGCCACACGGAGCUGCCAAUGUAGAUGUCAUUAGACCGGUAGUUCCUCAUGGACUUGAAGCAAUAACGCUGAUCUCGGAGGACAUACGUGCCUUUGCCACGUUCGAGCAAAACAGUGCGACGAAAUGA